GAGACGAGCGAUGUCAGAACGCUGACGCGAUGCAUGAAUUGACUACGUCCAUUCCAGAUGUAAAGAAACUCACCUUUGUAGUACAACCAAUUCCACAAAAUAUUCCAGCAUCUGUAUGCUUUGACGCUCUCGGUAUCCCGCUCCGUAUAGACAAUCCUUGAAUCAACGCUAUCCCGGUCCUCUGGCUUGCCCAGAAUGUGCCGAGUCGUUCCGAGCUAUGGUUCCUUGGUAAUUAUGCCUAAUGUCACUAGAUACCUGAGCCGAGCCUUCUUGAGUCGACGCCGACUGCGAACAGGGAUUUGCCCUGGUACCACUAGAACACUGAGCUGUCGUUAUGCGUCGUGGACGUGAAUCUACAGUCCUCUGGGAAUUUCCUAAGAUAUGUCAUUGAGAAUGAAUACGCUGAACGUCACUCUUUUAGCCUGUGCGGUCGCUAUCUGGACAUGUUGAGUCGAUGCCGCCCAGUGGGAUUGAGAGUGACAAAUGCGCGUCCAAAUGUUACCAAGAGGUGGAAACACACCGUUCCAAACUGGCAGAUCUUGAGGACGUCUGCUGAGCUUCUCUUACAAUGGACAUCGCCUUGGGAGAUCGAGAAUAACGAAUCCGUUUCCAUAUUUUUGGAAGAGGUAGGAUACGUCGUUCCCAACCUGGUGGUCCUUAGGUGGUAGGGAUAAUAGCGGCUUGAAACGAAGUAGGAGGACAUAGUUUUGUGGCUGCUAAAUAAACCCGAAACGCUACGGGUCUAUUGAAGGCAGAUGCCUUGGGGACAUAGGGCGAAGGAUCAUAUGAAAGGAAACAUCUAGAUUCAAGUCAAUGUUUGAGGGUUCGGUCGAUCUUGUCAUGGUGAGUUUCGCAUAUUGCACAGGCCCAACCGGAGCAAGAUGUCAGG